AUGCCACAACGUUGGCCUCCAGAGUUUUCUUUGAACUCCUGCCAUUCACCUUCUCUCUCAGGACACUGUACUACCAAACCUGACUUGAUCUUCAAGUUGGAGCGAGGAGCAGAGCCAUGGAUGGUGGAAGAAUGCCUGAAUCAGAGCCUUUCAGGAUUGAAGCCUGAGGAAUGCAAUAAAUGUCACACUGUGUAUCUCCCCAGUGGGCCUGAUCAAGUACAGGCUGGAGAGAAAUUUGAUAACACUAAGAUACCUGGAAAUUCUCUCCAGUUCUGUGAGACUCUUGCUCAGCAUGACAAUAUCCACAUCAUGAAGCAGUCAUUUGGACCCACUGGACAAGCAAAAGUCUUCACAAGAAAGGUGUUCUGUAAAUCUAAGAGGGUUCAUAUGGCAGAAAACUGUAAUAAAUCAACUGUCACUUUUGGAAAAUCACACCUCAUAAACUAUCAGCGAAGUCACACAGAAGAGAAACUUUAUAAAUGCCUUCACUGUGGAAAAGGCUUUCUGUGGAAGUCAGUCCUCAUAGUACACCAGAGAAUUCACACAGAAGAGAAACCCCAUAAAUGUAAUGACUGUGGAAAAGCCUUUGGAAGAAAGUCAUGCCUCAUAGUACACCAGAGAAUUCACACAGGGGAGAAACCUCAUAAAUGUAAUGACUGUGGAAAAGCCUUUGGAAGAAAGUCAGUCCUCAUAGUACACCAGAGAAUUCACACAGGAGAGAAACCUCAUAAAUGUAAUGACUGUGGAAAAGCCUUUGGACAAAAGUCAGACCUCAUGAAACAUCAGCAAAUUCACACAGGGGAGAAACCUCAUAAAUGUAAUGACUGUGGAAAAGCCUUUGGAAGAAAGUCACACCUCCUCAUACAUCAGCGAAUUCACACAGGGCAGAAACCUCAUAAAUGUAAUGACUGUGGAAAAGCCUUUGGACAAAAGUCAUGCCUCAUAGUACACCAGAGAAGUCACACAGGGGAGAGACCCUUUGAAUGUAAUGACUGUGGAAAAGCCUUUGGACGAAAGUCAAACCUUGUAAUGCACCAGAGAAUUCACACAGGAGAGAAACCUCAUAAAUGUAAUGACUGUGGAAAAGCCUUUGGACAAAAGUCAUGCCUCAUAGUGCACCAGAGAAUUCACACAGGAGAGAGACCCUUUGAAUGUAAUGACUGUGGAAAAGCCUUUGGACGAAAGUCAAACCUUGUAAUGCACCAGAGAAUUCACACAGGAGAGAAACCUCAUAAAUGUAAUGACUGUGGAAAAGCCUUUGGACAAAAGUCAGACCUCAUGAAACAUCAGAAAAUUCACACAGGGGAGAAACCUCAUAAAUGUAAUGACUGCGGAAAAGCCUUUACACAAAAGUCACAUCUCAUCAUACACCAGAUAAUUCACACAGGGGAGAAACCUCAUAAAUGUAAUGACUGUGGAAAAGCCUUUGGACAAAAGUCACGCCUCCUCAUACAUCAGCGAAUUCACAAAGGGGAGAAACCUCAUAAAUGUAAUGACUGUGGAAAAGCCUUUGGAAGAAAGUCACACCUCCUCAUACAUGAGGGAAUUCACACAGGGGAGAAA